AUGACGACGUAUUUCUCCGAAAUCGGCAAAUCCAUCUCCAACGUCCUCACGAAAGAUUUGAAAUUGAGCGAUAAAAUUACCAUCAACAGCACCGCGAAUGGGACGAAAUCGGAAACUCUCAUCAGCACCAACACUUCCUCGUUGAGCAAUAAAACGACCAUCUCGCGAGAUGUCGUCGAUGGCAUCAAAGCGGACAUCGUUUUAGACGCGAACGUGAAAACAGUUUUGGCGACGUUGACGGCGACGGAUGUUCUUUUGAACGGGAUGAAGGUUGAAUUGAAAACCGGGGACGUCUCCAAAAUUGGUGCGUUGAAAGCGAACGUUCUGGAAAAAGCGUGCGCGCAAUACGCAACCGGAGGCGUUGGCGUCAAGUGCGAAAUGGCGUUACCGUCGCCAAACGCGAUAUCUGUGAACGUGUGUUCGGAUAUUCUGGGCAACGGGACGGUCGUUGGUGUGGAUGGCACGGUGACAACCUCAGGGCAAGUGCAGUCGUACGGCGUCGCCUUGCAAAAAUGCCAAGGCGAUACCACCUACGCCUUAGCCGCCGAUAACGGUCUCGACCGGUUAAAGUUUGGAAUGAGCUCAAAGUUAAAUUCAGACGUGAACGGUGCGAUUGAGUGCGUCGUCGGGAGAAGUUCGGGGAGUUUGGCGUACGCGGUUGGUUUGCAAAACUCCAACUCCGGGGCGCGCGCGGUGUACAACAGCCAAGGCACGGUGGAUUUGGCGAAGGAGCUUUCGAUUUGCGACGGCGCGAAAGCGAACGUGGUGGUGCAAGCGCACUUGGCGAGCAAGACGUACAAGACUGGCGUGGCUUUUGACAUCAAAGCGUAA